AUGUCUGCAAAACGUGUGAAUCAGUUGAGUGUAAAAGUGCAAGUCGGCAACUGUGGUUUGGGUGCCUACCCAGCGACCCUAGCGCUCGCGGCGUCAGCCGCCUCAUCCAGAGCCUCAGGCGCUUCUUCAGCACGCUCGCCAAGCAGCGGCUUCUCCCUCUGCGGCAGUCGUCGCGACCGAUCCCGAGAGCGGUCCCGAAGUCCGCAGAGAGACCGCCGAAGAGGUGGCGGCGACCGGAAGGCGCGCGACGAUCGCCGCAAAGUGGAGGACAUAAUCGGCGGUGAAGUUAAUUACGAGACCUUCGAUAAGGACGAACAGCAGAGGAAGUUAGAGGUACUCAUGCAGGAGAGGAGGGAAAGGGUCGAGAAGUGGCGACAGAAGCAGAAGUCCAACGGCACCGAAGCCGACAAUCCGGAGGUGAAGAGCGAGGAGAGCGCCGCCGAAGAGGUCAAGAAGACCUGGACUCUGGAGGACGAGAAUGAGGACGAAGAGGAGGACAACGAGGCGGUGGAGCCCAUGGACGACGACUUAGAGGACGAGCACACGAUUAAACCGCCGCCGAAGAGAGUGGAGGACACGGAGGAAGAGAUCAGUAAACUAGAGGUGAAGAUCGAGAAACCAAUUAAAGUAGAGGUGAAACCCACUCCGCCUGAGCCCACGCCCGACGAAGACAUCGACCCAUUGGACGCAUAUAUGCAGGGAAUACAGGAGGAGGUGAAGAAAAUGAGAUCCAAAACCGUGAAGUCCAACGAAAAGGACAAUAAAGUGACUUUAGUUGUGGGGAUCGCCAAGAAGGCGGUCCAACAAAACAAAGGCGAACUCAUUGAGCAAAAUAUGGACGCUUUGGAGUACUCUUCGGAGGACGAGGGGACCAAAGACGACGAUCUGUCGAAUGUUAUGGACUCUCUUCAGAAUAAGCCGAAGCAGAAGAAGUUGAUGACUAUCUCGAAGGAUGACAUCACAUACCAGUCGUUCAGAAAGAACUUCUAUAUAGAAGUCCCGGAGUUGACUAAAAUGUCUGCCGAAGAGGUGGAGGCGUUUAGGGCCGAAAUGGAGGGCAUUAAGGCUAAGGGCAAGGGGUGUCCCAAACCCAUCAAGACAUGGGCUCAGUGUGGGGUCAGUAAGAAGGUGUUGGAUGUGCUCAAGAGAAACAAUUACGAAAAGCCGACUCCAAUCCAAUGUCAAGCCAUUCCUGCCAUUAUGUCCGGUCGUGAUCUGAUAGGAAUCGCCAAAACAGGUUCCGGCAAAACGUUAGCCUUUUUGUUGCCAAUGUUUCGCCAUAUCAUGGAUCAGCCGCCGCUCGAGUCGGGCGACGGACCCAUUGCUGUCAUAAUGACUCCGACCCGAGAGCUCGCGACACAGAUUUGGUCCGAAUGUAAGCGCUUCUCAAAGGCACUGAACUUACGAGUGGUUGCCGUUUACGGCGGAACUCCUAUUUCCGUCGUUUAUCCUCUUGAUUUUGGCCCGCGACUCUAG